CUUUUAUACCAAGGGCUUGAUAGCGAGUUUAAUUAAUUAUUUAAUGGCUCUUAAUAAAAAAAAAAGAUAUUAAAUACUGCAAUAAGUCCAAAAUCCUAAUAGGCGAUUUAUAAUUCACCUCAAACACACUGAAAUGUCAAAAGGAUGUCAGAUUUGAACUGUCAUGUCAUAACAAAAAACGCAAGUCAACUUCAUCAAUAUCAACAAUUCGAAACUCGAUUAUUUCUAAUAUUUUUGGACUGCAAAGUUAAUAUGGUCGGAUUUAACAUGGACGGGCCGGCGAGAGACCGAGUACUGAGACUGAUGGAGGAGAAGGAUAGACUAGAGAGAGAGAUUCGCAACCAGACGGCGGUGUUGGAAACCAACAAUGUGGGUAUGCACGACUCGCUGAUUGACGCUGAUGGGUUUCCGCGGAAUGAUAUAGAUGUGUAUAAAGUGCGACAUGCUCGGCAUCAGAUCAUCUGUCUCCAGAAUGACCACAAAGCCCUAAUGAGAAGAAUAGAGCAGGGGUUGGCUGAGGUACAUGCAGACCUCAUGGGGUCUACUGGAGAAGGUUCUGCAGCCCAAGCUCUUGAAUCCCUACACAUGAACGGAAAUGGGACACAUCAUCAAGCAGAUAGCCCAAUGGAAGUGGAAGAUGACCGGCAGGUGUUUGCGAGGGUAUCUUUUGUCCACAAUGGGUCUCCGGCUGAUGAUGCUGGCUUGUGUGUCGGUGACGAGGUGAUCCAGUUCGGGUCCAUCACGGCGCAGAACUUCAACGACAUGUCGCAGGUGCACGACGUCGUGUCGCACUCCGUGGGCCAACGUUUACAGGUACGCGUACGUCGAGCCCGGCUGGUGCUGAACCUGUCGGUGGUGCCGCGGCCGUGGGCGCAGCCCGGCCUGCUCGGCUGCCAGAUCAACAGGAUCGCCUAGGAGCCCUACAGAGUUGAAGCAUCGUGUUUGACACUCCCUGGAAUAUUGUGGCUUUUGUGUUAGCCCCAGUUGUCUCAAAAUUCAUUUAAGGUGGUUCGUCACGGUCAGCUAGGCACUAUUACGCUAAUAGAUGGCGUUGUUGUUAAAAUUUGACGUAUUUAAUUAAUUUAUGUAUGAUAAUGUAAAUAUUCUUAAAAAGUAAUAAGUUUCACGGUAAUAGUAUGCUGUUUCUUACGUGUUCAACUCAGUUUGAGACGAGGUUUAGUGUAUAAAACAAGUUUAUUUGUAUAAUUUAAAACCCAGCAGUGACAGCGAAGUAUUCACACACACACUCAAAACGUUUUACCUAUGACCAAAAUAAAAUUCGUGAAACGGAA